GUUCUUCUCAUCCACAAAUUGCUCUUCUCUCUUGCCCUGGAAUUCGAUCGGAACAGCAAUUUCAGGUAUGUUUGCGUUUGACGUUUGUAUCAUUCUAAUAGUGAUUUGAAAUUUGUGAUACCAAUGUAUUAUGCAAAAUGCAUUGUUAAUUUCAUGAACAAUUACGUGACUUUAGCUUCUUAAUUUCUUCAGGGGCAGCUAUAGAAUAUUUUUCAUGUUUCGCAUCCAAGUCUUUCUGUUUACUUUGAAAAUUAUUUUGCUGCAAAUUUCUGAUGAUGAAUAGUGAAUUGAUAUUUUGUUAGUAAAUUAAUUAAUUAAUUAUUGUAAUUUUUUUUUUGUUUUUUUCACUACGUGGACUGAUCAAUUAUUCAAUUAUUAUCCAUCUCUAUUGCUUUCUUUGGACAUGGGUAGCUAACAACAAAAUAGGUGGUGGUUAUCCUAAUCGUCGUAACGUAGCAUGCAAGAAGGAUAUUAUUAUUAUAUUAUAAGAAAACAAAGGAUGAGAAUAAGGAGGGAAUGUUUACAUGCAUAUAUGGCAAACGUUUAAUUUAAUGCUAGGUUUAGUUUUGUUAUGUACGGAUAUCAGAGAGAUGGCAUAUGUAAGUGUUGGAUUAUUAUGAAUUUUUUUUAAAAUUUUAGGUUCUCAAAUGUAACUAUAAUAAAUUUUGAUAGCAAAAUGUAACUUAAAAAAUAAUAUUAUAAUUAUAAACUAUGAUUUAAGUAUCAAAUUGUGAAAUGCAAAAUAUAUAGAUACUAUCGUGUAAUUUUUCAACAAUUUAUUAAGCCAAUCUAUUUUCACUUGAAUUAAAUGAAUUUUUUUAGUGAAUGAACUGGAUAUAUAUAAAUUGAAAUAAAGUUGACACCUCUAGGUGACAUCAAUACUCAACUAUUUUCUCCCAAAAUGGUGGUUACUUGACUACAAUAGAGAGAUGAGACACGCCCAUUUUUUUAAGUGAAUUUUCAAAUACUUUAUGAGAAUGUAUUUGAUAUCCUGACUCAUUUUCAAAUUAGACAUGCAGCAUUUCAAAUGCAGUAAAAAAAUUACAUAUUUAUUCAAUUACAUCAUAUUGUAAGUAUCACUCAUGUAGAAUACACCAACCUUCAAGGUAAAAUCAGUAUAACAAAAACAACAUUUUAGCUCAUUCAGGCAUUUAAAAUUUAUUUAAAUAUUAUUGAAACGCGUUAAUUACGAUUUUAAAGCAUUGAUAGUAAAUUUUUGUGACUGGCAUAUAAGGUAUCAAUUGUGAAUUUGAAAAUAUGCUUUGCUUUCAACGGUGACACCCAUUGAAGAACCCAUUAAGUUAAUUUCCUUUAUUUUCCAGUAAUUAAUCCGCUCCCUUAAUAGCCACUUAACUUAAUUGACAAUAUAUUAAGCCCGUCAAAAUAAGUCCGUAAAAUCCUGAAAUUAAUAAAUUCGGGCAAACGCUCUGAAACCUUAAAUACAGAGUAGUGGUGCAGUAACACAGACUAAAGUGAAAAUUCACCAACUUUAUUCCUCUCUUUGAUUUCAAUUAAAUUUUUUUUUAUGAUAAUUAAUUACUAUGUGAAUAUUCGGUACCAUUCACAAUGCAUCACUCAUUUCAUUGCAUUUUUUGGAAUUUUCCUCCAUAUUCACUGCCAGUUAUGUUACUUACGAAAUAAUACCAGUAAUCAAAAAAGGAAACCUCAAAUCUCAAUUAAUCCUAAAAAAUCCCCGAUUUCCCAACUAAUAUAAGAUUAUUAUGAAUGAUACUGCAGAUGCCAGUUUUAUUUCCUUAUGUUUUUUGCUGUAAAGAAAAAAGGGAUACAUAUAAAUAGUGCACAAGUCAUGUAUUGUGAGUUUGGUAACUCUGCAAGAACUUCCUUUCUGCUCUUUCCUUUUCCAGGAAUAACAAACGACAAAGCAACUGAUAUCCAACCAAAUUUCAACCAGCCGCUGAUUCAUAUCUAGCACGAUACGAAGCGAAGGCGUCCCCCGAUUCCUUGUUUUAUCAUCACUUCACUCUUGUGACUUGUCCAAAGAAAGAAGAAAAAAAAAAAAAGAACAGAGCAUAGAGGGGGAAAAACAAAAACAGAGCAUCCAAAAAAAAAAGGGGCCACCAAUCAUGGAACAUCCUGCGCCCGGAAUUCCCCUCUGUCUCCUUCUACUACUCAUGACCUCAUCUUCGUCGUGUUUCUUCUCAGAAGCGUCGGCCCGAAUAAAUCACGGUGGCGGCCGGCAGGUCUCAGCUCCGGCCGCCGGCCAGAACUCGUUCCCGCCGGUGAAGCUGCAGAUUAUGGAUCAAUAUGUGGUGGUCGGAAACGGAAUAGUUGAGGUGAACUUGACGAACCCCGGCGGUUCGAUGACGGGAAUUCAGUACAACGGCAUUGACAAUCUGCUUGAAGUUGUUAAGAGUGAAACUGACCGUGGGUACUGGGAUGUGGUGUGGAAAGGGGAUGGAAUCAUCAAGAAGAAAGGUGCCCUUGACAGGCUGGAGGGUAAAAACUUGACAGUAAUAACAGAGGAAGAGGAGCAGGUGGAGCUUUCAUUCACGAGAAAGUGGAGCUCUGAGCUUCAAGGCAAGCCCGUCCCACUCGAUAUCGACAAAAGGUUCGUAAUGAGACGUGGGUCGUCAGGAUUCUACACAUACGCCAUUUAUGAACAUUCACAGCAGCACCCGGCCUUUCAGCUCGCCAACACUCGCCUCGUCCUCAAGCCCAGAAAAGACAAAUUCCAUUACAUGGCAAUAAGUGACAAGAAGCAACGACCAAUGCCGUUGCCCGAAGAUAGGGUGCCUCCAAGAGGCCAGCCGCUAGCCUAUCCGGAGGCCGUCUUGCUCGUUGACCCAAUCGAGCCCCAAUUCAAAGGAGAGGUGGAUGACAAGUACGAGUAUUCGAUGGAGAACAGAGACAUCAAAGUUCACGGGUGGAUGGGCAAAGACCCAUCUUCGUCAGUCGGAUUCUGGCAGAUCACGCCCACUUCCGAGUUCAGGUCGGCCGGCCCACUCAAGCAAUUCCUCUCCUCCCACGACGGCCCCACCUGCCUCGCCGUGUUCCACAGUACGCAUUACACGGGAGCCGACCUGAUGGUCCCGUUUGAAGCGGGCGAGGCGUGGAAGAAAGUGUACGGCCCGGUUUUCGUCUACUUUAACUCACUUGAGAGCGAGGUUAGCAGCAGCAGCGGCACUGGGAUGUCGUUGUGGGAUGAUGCCAAGAAUCAGCUGAUGAUUCAGGCCAAGCAGUGGCCGUAUCAGUUCUUGGGUUCUCGAGAUUAUCCGAUACCCAACCAGCGGGGUGGCAUAACCGGCAGAUUGUCGGUUCAUGACCCGGAAAUCAGCACUCGAAACCUGCCUCCAACCGGUGCGUGGAUUGGUUUGGCCGCUCCGGGCGACCCCGGCUCGUGGCAACUCGAAUCCAAGGGAUACCAAUUUUGGACAGAAGUAGAGGAAGACGGCUCAUUCAGCAUCAGCAAUGUUAUAGCUGGUCAGUAUAAUCUCUACGGUUGGGUUCCUGGCUUCAUUGGAGACUACAAGUACGGUGCUGUCAUUAACAUAACCCCAGCUCGUAGCAUUGAGGUCGGAGAUCUUGUGUUCGAGCCACCAAGAAACGCAUCAACUCUGUGGGAAAUCGGAGUACCUGACAGAACCGCGGGGGAGUUCUUCAUUCCUGACGCUAAUCCGAAUUACAUUAACAAGCUUUACCUUCAUCAGGAAAAGUACAGGCAGUAUGGAUUGUGGGAAAGAUACGCAGAGCUGUACCCUGAAGCAGAUUUGGUCUACAAUGUCCGAACCGACGACUACAGAAAGGACUGGUUCUUCGCACAAGUCACCAGGAAGAAGGGUGACAAUGGGACGUAUGAAGGAACAACCUGGCAGGUCAAGUUUAGCCUCGACAGGGCGUAUCAGAAUGUGAACUACACGCUGAGGAUUGCUCUGGCGACUGCAAAUGGAGCAGAAUUGCAGGUUCGGGUGAACGAUCCAAGUUCGGCGGUGCCACUGUUCACGACCGGGUCGAUUGGGAAGGAUAACACGAUCGCGAGGCAUGGAAUCCAUGGGGUUUACAGGCUGUUUAGCGUGGUUGUUCCUGGCAGCCUGCUUGUUGAUGGGAGCAACACUGUUUUCCUGACGCAGGCGAUCAAUACAGGGCCAUUUUACGGGUUGAUGUAUGACUACAUUCGACUGGAAGGGCCUCUGUCAACCAACCCUCCCAGGAACUGAUUAUUUCUUUGGGGUUUUGGGGUUGUUCAUUGAUUGAUUCGUUUAUGAUAGAAAGGGGAAGUUAGUUAACUGAUUAACUAUAGUUGAUAGAGAAAGGGCAGGUUUAUUCUUAUUUUUACCCUCUUUUCUUCGGUUACACAGAGUAGUUCGAUUAAUUGGACAACAUAAUAAAUAAAUUCAAACUCUUCCUUUUGACCCUUCCUAUUCUCCCUCGAUCACACAUCUCUCCCGGUUGAUCGUAACCCCUUAGCCAUUAUCGUUGCUUGUAAAGUGACUUGAAAACGUAAUAGAAUUGAAUAAAGAAUUUAAAUGGGU